GCUCUCCCCUCGUUGCCAGCGAGAAUCUCGUGUGACUCUGCGAGUGUUUGUUGUCAACCUAAAAAUUGUUAUUCAUUUUCUCCAAAAUAUUUUUCUCUCUUCAUUCGAAUUUAUAAAACGACAUGGACGAUUUACAAGCUUCUGAAGAAAACACAUUUGUGGUUGAUGAUGUUACUAACAUAAUUAAGGAGUCUGUAGAAAAUGUUAUUGGCUCCAAUGCUUACCAACACAAUAAAAUCAAUCAGUGGACAUCAAAUGUUGUUGAACAGUGCCUGAGUCAACUCACAAAAUUAAACAAACCUUUUAAAUAUAUCGUUACCUGUGUAAUAAUGCAGAAGAAUGGUGCUGGACUUCAUACAGCAAGCUCAUGUUUCUGGGAUAACACCACAGAUGGGAGCUGUACUGUCAAGUGGGAGAACAAAACUAUGUAUGUGAUUGUGUCUGUGUUUGGGUUAGCUAUAUAAAUUGUGAAAAUGAAACACUUGGUAUUAAAACCUUUACAUGGAAAAUUAAGUUUAUGCAAUUUUACUUAUUUAUAUUAUGUCAAAUAUUUAUUUUCUCUUUAUACAUCAGUGUUAUAUUAUCCUUUGUAAAAUUAAUAUUUUAUCUUUAAUUGCUUUAUCUAGAUAGAGAUAUCUAAAAUACAAACUAAACCAAUGAGUUUUAAUUAUUUAAUAUCGUUAAAAGAAUAAGAUACAGGUGCCAAUCAAAUGUUCUGAAUAGUAUGAAAUUAGUAAUUCUUCAAAGAAUUUACGUUUUUCACUAGCCUCGUAUCUACAAUAGUAGGUUUAGGUUGUUUAGGCAAUGAAUCUUGCUGAACCAAUAUUUCACUUACUGAAUCAUUCUGAAAUGUAACUGCAGGAUAAUUUACAGGCAUUUCUAGUGGCACACUUGAUGUAUUUUGGUUUGGUGUAUUAUACUGAGGUGGAGCAGUAAAUAUUGGAGAAAAUGGCUGAGUAGAAUUCAAAAUUGGUUGUUGCUCCUGGUGAGUAGAAUUAGGAAGAGAACUGCUUUCUGAUGAAAUCAGUGAUGAAUUAUCUACAGAAUUUAGUUUCCUUGUCUCUCCUGGAAGUGGAAUAUUUGCUGUAUCUAUCGGAUUUAACUGCAUACAAUUGUCAUCCAUUUUAACUGUUUGCUUUCUGCUCAUUUUACUUUUCUUUCUUUCUUGGAGUACAUAGCAAUCCUUAUAUUGUCUCUUUGGCAAAUUCAUUUCUUUAGAAACAUUAUUAUUGUAACAAUCUGGUGGUGGAGCAAAUUCAUAAUUUCUUUCAUCCCGCCUUUGCUUAAAAUAUUCUUUUUCUCUUUCAAAAAAUUCUGAUGGAAAAGAAAAGAAAAUGAUACAAACUUUAAAUUCAUGGUUUGUAAAAAUCACUUUUCUUCAUUAUAUUUUGUUAAAUAUAUGUAAUCAAUUAGUUGUACUAAUUGAUAGAUUUUCUAUAAAUCUUUAUUAAGUUUGUGAUUAAACUUACUUUCUCAAAGGAGUGUUUAAAAGAAUGUAAACGUGACUGUCAUACUGAAACAACAGAAGGUAACUAUUCUUAAAAACACAAAUUCUCAGUUAAGACAUAAAAGAAUGCUGUUUAGCUCUUAAACUAACAAAUUGAGUGAAUAAACUAAAAGUUCCUUACUGUCUUUUCCAAUGUCCCACUCUCUCACUGGAAAUGAAUUUUUUGGAAGAGGUUCAAUUCUCUUUACAGGUUCCUCUUUCUGCUUUUCAGAUUCAUUUUCUUGUUUUAAAUUUUCAUCUAAAACUGAAGAUAAAUUAUAUUAAAACAAAACUAUAAAAGUA